UGAACGAAAACAGUAAUAAAAAAAAACUAUAGUCUAGCAAAUCAGAUCAAUUCGUUUGUAGUAAAGUAGAAAUCUAUCAAAAUGGUUCUUGCAAGUUUGGUCAAAACAACAAUUCCCAAUUAUUUGUCGAAUUUACCAAUUCCCGACACAAUUGGAGGGUGGUUCAAACUUGGCAUUAAAGAUUGGAUCUCCUUAGUGCCACCAACAGCUGUUCUAGCUGGCAUUGGCUACAUGUCAUACUUGGCAUUCUGCCCUGAAGCUCACAAAAAACGGUCAACCGGUAUUAUUAACCCAUCAAUCAAAAAGCAUGAAGCCAAAGUUGUUGAAAUGAUUGAUGUUGAAGACAUUGCCGAAAAAGCAGCAUUCUGUCGUUGUUGGAAAUCAAAGAACUGGCCAUAUUGUGAUGGAAGCCAUGGUGAGCACAAUAAAACUACUGGUGACAAUGUUGGACCUGUUGUCAUCAAAAGGGAAAAGUAAAUAAUUUGGUGUACAGCAGUUUUCAUUUUUUUUGUUUCCGGUGCAAAUGGCUUAAAAAACAAAUGAAUUUAUGUAUACUUGCAAAGUUGUAUAAUAAUUCAUAGAUAUUACGAAUUACUCAAGAAGCAUUUCAUUUAAAUUAAUAAUUUUCUGUUAAACAAAUUAAAAAAAAAACAAUAAUUGUUAUGGUGGAGCUCUCAUAAUAAAUCAAAACAAAAUAGAAAGUGAUAUUUAGAGGCUUCAAUUGGUUAUGGUACAUAUUAUUUUUUUGUUCUGCUCUUAU